AUGAUAUCUGCUAGAACCUUUAUUGCCCCCGCACGCCAAUGCUUGCGGACCACACGUGUGUCCCCAAGCGUUGUCUCGCCUUUCUCUCAGUUCCGCCGCUACUCUGCUGCGGUCGAUGAGCGAGUCGCUAAGUUCAAGGGCCAGAAGGACACUGAUGGAAAAUACACCGUGACCUUGAUCGAGGGUGAUGGAAUUGGUCCUGAGAUCGCCCAGUCGGUGAAGGACAUCUUCUCUGCCGCAAAUGCCCCUAUCAAGUGGGAACCCGUUGAUGUCACCCCCAUCCUGAAGGAUGGCAAGACUGCCAUCCCCGACGACGCUAUCAAGAGUGUCCAGAAGAACUAUGUCGCACUCAAGGGUCCCCUCGCCACUCCCGUCGGCAAGGGUCACGUUUCCCUCAACCUUACCCUUCGUCGUACUUUCAACCUUUUCGCCAACGUCCGUCCUUGCCGAUCGGUUGCCGGCUACAAGACCCCCUACGACAACGUCGACACCGUUCUCAUCCGUGAGAACACCGAGGGUGAAUACUCCGGUAUUGAGCACGUCGUUGUUGACGGUGUUGUGCAGAGCAUCAAGCUCAUCACCAAGGAGGCCUCCGAGCGUGUGCUCCGCUUCGCAUUCCAGUAUGCCCGUUCCAUCAACAAGAAAAAGGUCCGCGUUGUGCACAAGGCCACCAUCAUGAAGAUGUCCGACGGUCUCUUCCUUAACCUCGCCCGUGACAUCGCCAAGGAGUUCCCCGAUGUCGAGUUCGACGCUGAGCUGCUGGACAACUCGUGCUUGAAGAUCGUUACCGACCCUACUCCCUACAACGACAAGGUCCUUGUUAUGCCCAACCUGUACGGUGACAUCUUGUCCGACAUGUGCGCCGGCCUGAUCGGUGGCCUUGGUCUCACUCCCUCUGGAAACAUUGGUGACGAGUGCUCGAUCUUCGAGGCCGUCCACGGUUCCGCCCCCGACAUUGCUGGCAAGGGUCUUGCCAACCCCACUGCUCUGCUUCUGAGCAGUAUCAUGAUGCUGCAGCACAUGGGUCUGACUGAGCACGCCGCUCGCAUUCAGAAGGCCACCUUCGACACCCUCUCUGAAGGAAAGGCUCUCACUGGAGACUUGGGUGGUAAGGCUAAGACCGCCGAGUAUGCCGAGGCUAUCAUGAAGCGUUUGUAA